AUGCGGUACAAGGGAGAUGGAGUAUUAGUUUGCCAGAGAAAAUUCACCAUGGAUCUAUUAAAGGAAUAUGACUAUUUAACAUACUCUUCUGUCAAUUCUCCACUUGAUCCUACCAUCAAAUUAAGAAAUGAAGAUGGAGCCUUAUUGCCAGAUCCAGGGUAUUACAAGAAACUAGUUGGGAAACUAAACUUUCUGACAAAUACUAGAUUGGACAUAGCCUAUAGUGUCCAACAUUUAAGCCAGUUCAUGCAGGUAUCAAGGGAACCUCAUCUAAAGGCUGCUAUACAUGUACUUAGAUACUUGAAGAAAGAUAUUACUUUGAGAAUUUUUCUGUCCAAUGGUCCUAACUAUACUGUUAGUGCAUACUGUGACUCAGACUGGGCUGCUUGCCCUGACUCAAGAAAGUGUGUGAGUGGAUAUAUUGUGCUACUUGGAGACGACCCUAUCAGUUGGAAGUCAAAGAAGCAAACUACUGUUUCACUGUCUUCCACAGAAGCAGAAUAUAGGUCUGUCAUGAAGGUUGUUGGUGAGUUAGUAUGGGUGAAAAGGUUGCUAGAAGAAUUGACAGUUAUGUGUACCAAUCCCAUAACUGUAUUCUGUGAUAGUCAAGUAGUUGUGCACAUUGCAAGAAACCUUGUAUUCCAUGAGAGAACAAAGCAUAUCGAAGUGGAUUGCCACUUUGUUCGGGACAAGAUACAGGAGGGACUAGUUGAGUUACAUCACAUCUCCACCUCUGAUCAACUGGCUGACAACCUGACAAAGGCACUCACAGGGAUCAAUCACUCAGAUCUUCUCAGCAAGUUGGCAAACCUUCUCUCUGAAGCUCAGAGAGCGCUUCAAUGGUGGAAACCAAAUCCUUUUGAUCUUCAUUCUUAA